AUUAUUCUUACCGCCUCCGUUCUCGUGCUUACUUUCUCUCUCCCGUUCGCGCGAUUCUCAAUCCAUCUCCCGCUCGCGGGCGCUUGAUCUUGGAUCCAGUAGAUAAUUUUCGCGCGAUUUUUCUGUUCUCGAUCGAUCUCCCGCUGGCGCUUGAUCUUGGAUCUAAUAGAUAAUUUUCGCGCGAUUUUUCUGUUCUCGAUCGAUCUCCCGCUGGCGCUUGAUCUUGGAUCUAAUAGAUAAUUUUCGCGCGAUUAUUCUCUUCUCAAUAGAUCUCCCGCUGGCGCUUGAUCUUGGAUCUAAUAGAUAAUUUUCGCGCGAUUAUUCUCUUCUCAAUAGAUCUCCCGCUGGCGCUUGAUAUUGAAUCUCUGCUAUUCUUCAUACUGCAUUCAAUUUUGUUGCUCUCUUAACGAUCUGAAUUUGGUUUUGCAGGCCCUUUUUGUUUUUUUGUGUCUUAUUAACGUGAUGGUUGCAGGAUUCAGAAACCCCUCUAUGAAAAUGUUUCGUCAGUAUGACUUGCCUCCUCAAACAAAAAGAUCGCAUCAAAAUCAUAUCAAAAGCAUCUUGUAGAGGUCUUCAACAUGAACCGGAGGAUCCUUGCUUUUAAAGACAAACCACCCACCCCUUUGCGUGGGUUUCCGUACGAGGAUUCUUCUGUCUCUUAUGAGGCCAGACCUACAAAACCUCUUCGCCACAUUCCUCAGACAUCCGAGAGGACUUUAGAUGCCCCAGACAUUGUGGAUGACUACUACUUGAACCUACUAGAUUGGGGAAGCAGCAAUGUCCUUUCUAUUGCUCUUGGCAGUACUGUUUACCUGUGGGAUGCUUCUCAGCGCAGAACAUCUGAACUGGUCACGGUUGAUGAUGAAUUUGGUCCUGUCACGAGUGUGAAAUGGGCUCCCGAUGGAAAGCAUGUUGCUGUUGGAUUGAAUAAUUCUGAUGUCCAGCUUUGGGAUUCCACGGCUAACAGAUUGUUGCGAACUUUGAGAGGUGGCCACCAAUCACGAGUGGGAGCCCUUGAUUGGAACAAGCAUAUACUUACCACAGGUGGGAUGGAUGGUCUGAUUAUCAACAAUGACGUCCGGAUGAGAUCACAUAUUGUAAAAACAUACAGAGGACAUAGUCAUGAAGUGUGCGGCCUAAAAUGGUCUGCCUCAGGCCGGCACUUGGCGAGCGGAGGAGAUGAUAACCUUCUAUAUAUAUGGGACAAAUCAUCGACUGCCUCCCCAACAACUCAAUGGCUUCACAGGUUUGAAGAACACAGGGCUGCAGUUAAGGCACUUGCCUGGUGUCCGUUUCAGGCAAACCUCUUAGCCUCCGGGGGAGGAGGAGGAGACCAGUGCAUUAAGUUCUGGAAUACCCAAACCGGUGCAUGUGUGAGCUCAGUUCAUACAGGGUCUCAGGUGUCCGCGCUGCUUUGGAACAAGAAUGAGCGUGAGUUGCUUAGCUCCCAUGGCUUUACUCAGAAUCAGCUAACUCUCUGGAAAUACCCAUCAAUGGUUAAGAUGGCAGAGCUUAGGGGACAUACAUCUCGAGUUCUUUCCAUGGCUCAGAGCCCAGAUGGUUGCACUGUUGCAUCUGCUGCAGGUGAUGAAACACUAAGAUUAUGGAAUGUUUUUGGAACGCCUGAAGUCAAGAAAAAGGUUCCCAAGUCCAAUCCGGAGCCGUUUGCUCAUGUUAACCGAAUCCGCUGAUGCACGAUUCAAUACAUGCUUGAUAUAACCUCAGGUGCUGUAUAGUAUGCUCAGUUUUGCUUCUGACCUUGGAUGGGCUUGUCAGUGUGUGUGUAUAUAUAUCUAUUGUUCUUAUAACCAUAUAAUUAGAGUUUGCAAUUUGUUUAGACUCUGAUUUAGGCAACCUGUAACUUUUGUCAUUGAAUAUGUAUAGAGUAUUUUUUACUAAAUAAAGCUGAUUAAUUGAG